GUCACACAGAGUUGGUGACAGAGCUGAAGUGAGGCCUGGUCGCGUCUCCUGAGCACAGAUAAACCUUCCACUGCCACCAGGGGGAGGUGGACAGAAUGGGGAUACACCCUGUAAAGUGAAAACCUGCCCCUGGAGCCCAGCGUCCGGUGGCCCAGCAUGGAGGCAGCCACAGCACUGCAGGUGGCAUCGGGACCCACACUGAAGGUGAAAGAAGGCAGCCCAGCCGAUGCUGAAGAACCCCAGACUUCGCCUCGACGGGGGGCCGGGAGCCCCAGUCCCCAGCUCCUGUCCCCUGUAGAAGAGCACCCGAAGAUCUGUCUGCCUCGGGCCCUGCGGCAGACCUAUAUCCGGAAGGUUGGAGACACUGUGAAACUACUAAUUCCAUUCGAGGGCAAACCCAAACCUCAAGCCACCUGGACACAUAAUGGCUGUGCCUUGGAUGCUAGUCGUGUAAGCGUGCGGCAUGGGGAGCGGGACUCCAUCCUCUUCAUCCGAGAAGCCCAGCGUGCUGAUUCGGGUCACUACCAGCUCAGUGUGCAGCUGGGUGGCCUGGAGGCCACUGCCACCAUUGACAUCUUGGUGAUCGAGAGGCCAGGCCCUCCUCAGAGUAUCAAGUUGGUGGAUGUUUGGGGCUCCAAUGCUAUCCUGGAGUGGACACCUCCCCAAGAUACGGGCAAUGCAGCACUCCUGGGAUACAUGCUGCAGAAGGCUGACACAAAAUCUGGGCUGUGGUUCACGGUGCUCGAGCGUUAUCACCGCACCAGCUGCACGGUCUCUGGUCUCAUCGUCGGCAACUCCUAUGCAUUCCGAGUCUUUGCUGAGAACCAAUGUGGGCUCAGUGAGACAGCCCCCAUCACGGCCGACCUUGCCCACAUCCAGAAAGCAGCUACCGUUUAUAAGACCACGGGGUUUGCCCAGCGAGAUUUCUCUGAAGCGCCAAAGUUCACCCAGCCUCUGGCAGACUGCACUACAGUCACCGGCUAUGACACCCAGCUCUACUGCUGUGUCCGCGCCUUUCCCAAGCCAAAGAUCAUUUGGCUGAAGAACAAGAUGGAUAUCCAAGGCAACCCCAAGUACAGAGCCCUCACGUGCCUGGGAAUCUGCUCGCUAGAAAUUCGCAAGCCUGGUCCCUUUGAUGGGGGCAUCUAUACCUGCAAGGCGGUUAACACCCUGGGGGAGGCGUCCGUGGACUGUCGGGUGGAUGUGAAAGCUCCUGAAUGAGGCUGUCUAAGAGACAUGGGCAACUCUGAAGAAGG